UGAUGUUAUCAAAGAAUGGUCAUUUAAAAUUAAUCGACUUUGGUACUUCUAUGGUAGUUCAUGAGAACAAAGUGCCUACUGAAUUUUUGCAGAAAUACAAAUAAAUAAAAUCCUCAUUCUAGAUAUAAGAAGGAUCAUUCAUUAAUAGAGCCUCUUUCGUUGGAACAGCCGAAUAUGUUUCACCAGAAAUGCUAGAAGAAGAACCUUGCGAAUACGCUGUAGAUUUAUGGGCUUUAGGCAUCAUAUGUUUUAAAAUGUUUACAGGUGUUACUCCGUUUAAUGAUAGUACCUAAUACUUAGUAUUUUAAAAUGUGAAAAAUGCUUAAUUAAGAAUACCAGACAGCAUACCAAAAGUCGCUGCUGAUUUGAUCUAAAAAAUUCUAGUUAGAAAACCCUCAGAUAGAUUAGGUAGCUAAUCUAUGAAUGAUCUUAAAUCUCAUCCAUUUUUUAAAGGAAUUUAAUGGGAUAAGUUAUUCCAAAUGCAACCACCAUAACCAAAGGUUGUAUCUGUUAAAUCUGUUGAAAAAUCAAUUGACCCAGAUUUAGAAUUGGGAAGAAAAAGAAAAUCGAAACUUAAAUUUUAUGGGGUUGUUCAAUACAAAAUUGGAUGGUUUAUUUAUAGACCAUUAGAUUUAGUAUUAAUUGAAGGUAAAGAAUAUAUGAAAUUGGCUCUAUAUGAUCCAGAAACAGAAAAAUGCUAAUUUAAAAUAAAAUUAGUGGAAGGAGUAUCGGUUUUUAGUCCGAAGAAAGGAUACAUGGUAAUUAAAGAUCAAAAUAAUAAAAAAUUCUAAAUAAAGGAGGUUGAACAUUCAAUUGACAAGUGGUUAGAGGUUAUUGAGAAAUCUAGAAAAAAUCUGAUUAAAAAGAAAGAAAAAAGGCAAGAAAAACCAUUAUGA